AUGUCUUCCGGUGUUGUCAAUCUCGAAGAAUCCGAGUCCGGUACUUACACGUUUUGGGCCUUAAUCACGACCUUGUCUGUGGCAGGAUUGGGGUUUUUCAGUUUUGUACUUCACUACUAUGUGGGGUAUAAAAGACGCAAACUCGAGAAAAAGACUCAGAAUGUAGAUGUUGAAAUGCAGACAGUGCCAAGUCAAGGACAAGAUUCCGCAACUCCCGGGCCGAAUUUGCCAGCUCCUAACUUAGGAAUAAGUGGCCCUGAUCUACCUGCUCAACCAGAGCCAACUUACCGCCGUAAAGAGGAUGAACCUGCUCAUGAGCCUCGUUCACAGAGGAGGAUGGCCUUGGUAGACCCAUCUGAAUUGGAAGAUGUGGACCUAAACGAGUAA